AUCCGGAAGAAAAACAACCCGCCGCGAGUAGUGCGUCCGAGUCCCCUGGCCGAGGGACCGCUGGCGCCCAGGACUAGCUGGGGCACUGCGAGGGGACGAUGGCCGAUGUGGACCCGCAGGAUCCGAGCAGGCCGACGCGAAGUAAGCUCAGCAUACAUGUUGUUACGUGGAAUGUGGCCUCAGCAGCGCCCCCUCUAGACCUCAGUGACCUACUUCAACUGAAUAGCCUGAAUCUGGACAUAUAUGUCAUUGGUUUGCAGGAAGUGAACUCUGGAAUCAGAAGCCUCCUGUCUGAUACUGCCUUUGAAGACCCAUGGAGCAGUUUCCUCAUGGAUGUGCUUUCCCCUCUGAGCUUCAUCAAGAUCUCCCAUGUGCGUAUGCAGGGGCUCCUCUUACUGGUCUUUGCCAAGUAUCAACAUUUGCCCUACAUCCAGAUUGUCUCUACAAAAUCCACCCCCACUGGCCUCUAUGGGUUCUGGGGGAACAAAGGAGGAGUCAACAUCUGCCUGAAACUUUACGGCUACUACGUCAGCAUCAUCAACUGCCACCUGCCUCCCCACAUGUCCAACAAUGUCCAGCGGCUGGAGCACUUUGACCGGAUCCUGGAGAGGCAGAAUGUUGAGGAAAAAAAUAUCCCCAACAUCCUGGACCAUGACCUCAUUCUCUGGUUUGGAGACAUGAACUUUCGGAUUGAGGACUUUGGGUUACUCUUUGUUCGGGAAUCCAUAACCAGGCAGAACUACCAUGAACUGUGGGAGAAGGAUCAGCUCAUCAUUGCCAAGAAACAUGACCCGCUGCUUCGGGAAUUCCAGGAGGGCCCCCUGCUCUUCUCUCCCACCUACAAGUUUGAUAGGUACUCGGACAACUAUGACACCAGUGAGAAAAAACGCAAGCCUGCAUGGACCGACCGCAUCUUGUGGAGGCUGAAGCGGCAGCCCCAGGCCGGCCCCACUGUUUCUAGUCUGCCAACCUCCUAUUUCUUUCUGACUCUGAGAAGCUACUGCAGCUGUAUGAUGUACAACAUCAGUGACCAUAAGCCUGUCAUUGGCACCUUCGACUUGGAGUUUAUCCCACUGAUGUUGAACCCACUGAUCACCAUGAUGCCUGAGUUCCUGUGGACCUUGGAGAACGACAUGUUAAUCAGCUACUCCUCCACCCCAGACUUCCUCAGCAGUUCCUGGGACUGGAUUGGACUGUACAAGGUGGGGAUGCGCCACAUUAAUGACUACGUGUCCUAUGUCUGGGUCGGGGACAACCAGAUCUCCUUUGAUGACAGCCUGAACCAGAUAUACAUCAAUAUCAGCGACAUCCCUGAGACUGAGGAUGAGUUUAUCCUCUGUUACUAUAGCAACAAUCUACAUUCUGUAGUGGGGAUAAGCCAACCCUUCAAGAUCCCACUUCGCUUCUUUUUGAAGGACAAUAUACUGGCAAGGCUGACUUGGAAUUCAUUAUGUGGUCUCAGGGCGGCCUUGAACUCAUGGUGAUUCUUCUACCUCUGCCUCCCGAGUGCUGGGAUUAAAGGCAUGCACCACUGCCCCUGGCUCUCUAUCAUUUUCAAUAGAAAAAUAUGAUUAAAUCCCUUAUACCAAUAUACAUACCUUCCCCUACCCCCUUGCAUGUAGUCUGACUCAGGAAGCCCAGAGCCUGAGCAAGGUGUAGGUUCAGGUUAGCUUGUACAGGUGGGUCAGGCCCCAUGUCCCCAGCCUGCCCUUUUAUGAAGAUUGAUAGGUAGUGGAGCUGUACCCAGAGAUUUCCAGGGUGGCCCUUUCAGAUCAAGCUUAACUUCUCACCACAGUGUCAUGAGUCAUUGACCAAAACAAAACAAGAAAACAACUAUUUCUCUCUUGGACCCAUCAUGGACUUACAAUGGGGACAAGUAGAAGUGACUGUCAGGAUCAAGACAUUUUGGAGGACCUGGCCCCGAGAACCUCAGCAUUCUCCAGGUGUUGUGUGGACAUAGCCUAUCCGCGUUCCUGCCAAUUGCCUUUGCCAGUGGUGACUCAACAGCCCUUCUCCCAGGAGAAGACACCUUAGGGAUUCUGCUCUGUGACUGUUACAUCCAUCCUGUGACCUGAGACUGAAUGUCACUUCAAUUGCUCCAUGUUCUGUAUCCUCUCCUGGGGGUCAUGUGUGUUAAGAAUUGUCCCCUGGCUUCUAGUGAGUCAUGGCUGUAUUCUAUAUCUGUUGUUACACUGGAGGAUAAUUAGAAAUGUGGCUUUUA